GUGCCAUUCAUUGCAUUCCUUAUCAUGUGGACCUUACAGGUGUUUGUUCUCUGUUACUACAGCGACAUGCUCAUUGAGUCUAGCUCUGAAAUAAGUAACGCUGUUUACAGAAGUAAAUGGUAUAAAGCGAAUUCGGUCGUGAUGAAGGAUUUACUUUUUGUUUUGAGAAGAUCCCAAAAACCGUGUAAACUAACUGCACUAGGUUUUACUGAUCUGAACCUAAGAGUCUUUUGUAAGAUUAUGAGUUCAGCGUGGUCCUACUUUGCUCUACUGCACACAGUUUACAAUAAAUAA